UAGAGACAUUUACACUUCUUCCGUUUACUGACAUCCGGUUCACGAGGGUGCAAGCCCAGACUGUGGAAAAAGGUCGUCCGAAAGACACGAUCAGCUGAAAAGUAGUAGAGUAGUGCGAUUUUUCCAUUUAACAUUAUAUGAUGGAAAGUGCCGGUAGAGGUCGAGUGCUGUCUAUUCAAAGUCAUGUUGUAUCUGGUUAUGUCGGGAACAAAAGCGCAACAUUCCCUCUUCAGGUGCUUGGUUUCGAAGUAGAUGCCAUAAAUUCUGUACAGUUUUCAAACCACACAGGAUAUAAAUCCUUUACGGGACAAGUUAUUAAGUCAGACGAACUAGGAGAGUUAAUUAAAGGAUUACAAGACAACAAUCUGGACAAAUUCUCCUACUUACUUACAGGUUAUAUUGGUGAUCCAACAUUCCUUCACAAAGUGGCUGAUGUCAUCAAAGAGUUAAAGAGGGUAAACCCAGGCCUGGUAUAUGUAUGUGACCCUGUAAUGGGAGAUGAUGGGCAGAUGUAUGUACCAUCUUCCCUGCUAGCAAUAUACAAGGAGGUCAUACUUCCAUUGGCAGAUGUCAUUACUCCUAAUCAGUUUGAAGCAGAACUUCUCACUGACAUAAAGAUUAACAGUGAAGCAGAUGCAAUGAAAGCCAUGCAUUGUCUACAUGAUAGGGGCAUUAACACUGUCGUGAUCAGUAGCACAGAUUUGGGAUCAGAGAAUGUUCUCAUUGCUAUGGGAAGUUCAACAAAAAAUGGGUCCAAAACAGGAAUUCGUUUGGAAAUACCCAAGCUUCCUGCAAAUUUCACUGGGACUGGUGAUCUGUUUGCUGCAUUAUUACUGGCUUGGAUGGACAAACAUGCUGGCAAUUUAAAGCUUGCAUGUGAGAAAACCAUAUCAACCAUACAAGUUAUAUUAAAACGGACUCUGAAGGUAGCACAAGAACUGGCAGGACCAGGCAAUCAUCCAAGCCCAGGUCAAUUAGAAUUAAGACUUAUUCAGAGUAAAAGGGAUAUAGAAAAUCCAGAAUUAUGCAUUGAAGCAACAGAACUUUGAUAUUUAUUGCUUCUUGAUGUAGUGAGACUUAA